AAACUAGAACAACUCAAUCAGUAUCCAGAUUUCAACAGCUACCUGAUUUUUGUUCUUACAAAGUUGAAGUCUGAAGAUGAACCAACACGUUCCUUGAGUGGUCUCAUCUUGAAGAAUAAUGUAAAAGCACAUUUUCAUAACUUUCCAAAUGGGGUAACUGACUUCAUUAAAAGUGAAUGUCUGAACAACAUUGGUGAUUCUUCUCCCUUAAUUAGAGCUACUGUAGGCAUUCUGAUAACAACCAUUGCUUCAAAAGGGGAAUUACAGAACUGGCCUGAACUCUUACCAAAGCUUUGCAGCCUGUUGGAUUCUGAAGAUUACAACACCUGUGAGGGUGCAUUUGGUGCUCUUCAGAAGAUAUGUGAAGAUUCUGCUGAAAUUUUAGAUAGUGAUGUAUUGGACCGACCACUCAAUAUCAUGAUACCUAAAUUCUUGCAGUUUUUCAAGCACAGCAGUCCAAAAAUAAGGUCUCAUGCUGUUGCAUGUGUCAAUCAAUUUAUCAUCAGUAGAACUCAAGCUCUUAUGUUGCACAUAGAUUCUUUUAUUGAGAAUCUUUUUGCACUGGCUGGUGAUGAGGAGCCUGAAGUACGCAAAAACGUUUGCCGUGCUCUGGUAAUGUUACUGGAAGUUCGAAUGGAUCGCCUGCUUCCUCACAUGAUUAAUAUAGUUGAGUAUAUGCUUCAGAGGACUCAGGAUCAAGAUGAAAAUGUGGCUUUGGAGGCUUGUGAGUUUUGGCUGACUUUGGCUGAACAGCCAAUUUGUAAAGAUGUAUUAUGUCGGCAUCUUACUAAAUUGAUACCUGUGCUGGUAAAUGGUAUGAAAUAUUCAGAGAUUGAUAUUAUUCUGUUGAAGGGGGAUGUUGAAGAAGAUGAAGCUAUUCCAGAUAGUGAGCAGGACAUAAGACCUCGUUUUCAUCGUUCACGGACAGUAGCUCAGCAACAUGAAGAAGAUGGUAUUGAAGAUGAUGAUGAUGAUGAUGAUACUAUUUCUGACUGGAAUUUAAGAAAAUGUUCUGCUGCUGCUCUAGAUGUCCUGGCUAAUGUAUUUCGUGAUGAACUUCUGCCACACAUCUUGCCCCUUUUGAAGGAAUUACUCUUCCAUCCAGAAUGGGUAGUUAAAGAAUCUGGUAUCCUUGUUCUUGGAGCAGUUGCUGAAGGCUGCAUGCAGGGUAUGAUUCCAUAUCUUCCUGAGCUUAUCCCUCACCUUAUUCAGUGCCUCUCUAACAAAAAGGCUCUUGUGCGCUCCAUUACAUGCUGGACUCUUAGUCGCUAUGCACACUGGGUAGUUAGUCAACCCCCAGACAUAUACUUGAAGCCAUUAAUGACUGAAUUGCUAAAACGUAUUUUGGAUAGCAACAAGAGAGUACAAGAAGCUGCCUGCAGUGCCUUUGCUACUCUAGAAGAGGAGGCUUGUACAGAGCUUGUUCCUUAUCUUGCAUAUAUACUUGAUACUUUGGUCUUCGCAUUUAGCAAAUACCAGCAUAAAAACCUGCUCAUUCUUUAUGAUGCUAUAGGAACUCUUGCAGAUUCUGUAGGACAUCAUCUAAAUAAACCGGAAUAUAUUCAGAUGCUAAUGCCUCCAUUAAUCCAGAAGUGGAACAUGUUGAAGGAUGAAGAUAAAGAUCUCUUCCCUUUAUUAGAGUGCCUGUCUUCAGUUGCUACUGCCUUGCAAUCUGGCUUUCUUCCAUACUGUGAACCUGUGUACCAGCGUUGUGUAAAUCUGGUGCAGAAGACUCUUGCACAAACCAUGUUGCAUAAUGCUCAGCCAGACCAAUAUGAGGCUCCAGAUAAAGAUUUCAUGAUUGUGGCUCUUGAUUUGCUCAGUGGUUUAGCUGAAGGACUUGGAGGCAACAUUGAACAGCUAGUGGCUUGCAGCAAUAUCCUGACACUAAUGUACCAAUGCAUGCAGGAUAAAAUGCCUGAGGUACGGCAGAGUUCUUUUGCAUUGUUAGGUGAUCUGACAAAGGCGUGUUUUCGGCAUGUUAAGCCUUGCAUUGCUGAUUUCAUGCCCAUUUUGGGAACCAACCUAAACCCUGAAUUUAUUUCUGUGUGUAACAAUGCCACCUGGGCAAUUGGAGAAAUCUCCAUCCAGAUGGGUAUAGAGAUGCAGCCUUAUGUUCCAAUGGUGUUGCACCAGCUUGUAGAAAUAAUUAACAGACCCAACACACCAAAGACAUUGUUAGAGAACACAGCAAUAACAAUUGGUCGUCUUGGUUACGUUUGUCCUCAAGAGGUGGCCCCCAUGCUACAGCAGUUUAUAAGACCCUGGUGCACCUCUCUGCGAAACAUAAGAGACAAUGAGGAAAAGGAUUCAGCAUUCCGUGGGAUAUGUACCAUGAUCUCAGUCAACCCCAGUGGAGUAGUCCAAGACUUUAUUUUUUUUUGUGAUGCUGUUGCAUCGUGGAUUAGCCCAAAAGAUGAUCUCCGAGACAUGUUCUGUAAGAUUCUUCAUGGAUUUAAAAAUCAAGUUGGGGAUGAGAAUUGGAGGCGUUUCUCUGACCAGUUUCCUCUUCCCUUAAAAGAGCGCCUUGCAGCUUACUAUGGAGUUUAA